AUGGCUACAAAGUGCGUCCACAAAGGCUGCGGGAAAGUGUUCACCGACACCGACGAGCCCUGUGUGUAUCACCCCGGCCCACCGGUCUUCCAUGAAGGACAGAAAGGCUGGAACUGCUGUAAACCCCGCGUGCUUACUUUUGAGGAGUUUAUGGAAAUCCCACCCUGCACGACUGGGAAACAUUCUGCCGUUGACGACACUCCUGCCCCGGCCGAGAAGAAGGCCGCUCAGCCCGCUGUUGCUGCUGCUCCAGUUGCGGCACCGAAGCCGAUAAAAGAUAGCGGGGUGCCUAGGCCUGCUACACAUUCGCCUGCUAUCCCUCCUCCGUCGAACCCGCCCACGCCGGUUCCUGAAGAGCCUGAAUCAGAUGACCCCGAGCUUGCGGUCCCGGCGAAUGCUACAUGCCGCCGGAAAGGCUGCGGUGCGACCUACAACCCAGAUGUAUCGCGCGAGGAGGAGAAGUGUGUCCACCACCCUGGACAACCUGUUUUCCACGAGGGCAGCAAGGGUUGGUCAUGCUGCAAGAGGAGGGUGCUAGAGUUUGACGCGUUCUUGAAGAUUGAAGGCUGCACUGAGAAGAAGAAGCAUCUUUUUGUCGGAAAGGGCAAGCCAGCUGGUGAGGAGAAGGUCGAUACGGUCAGAAACGACUUUUACCAGACGGCAACAUCGGUGAACGUCUCACUAUACUUGAAGAAAAUCGACAAGGACAACGCCAAGGUCGACUUUACACCUGAUGCCAUUUCCCUUGACCUCCCAACUACGGAUAACAAGCGGUACAAGGAUAGCUUCGAGCUGUUUGCGCCAAUUGACCCGGAAAAGUCCAAGUUCCGCGUGCUGGGCACAAAGCUUGAAUUAACCCUGGUCAAGGGCGACGGGACGAGCUGGCCAGUGCUUCGGAAGGACGACCGCUGGUCUGGCGAACGCAUCCAGAUUGGCAGUGCACCGAGGGCUUGA